AUGGAGUUUGAUUCCGGUUCCGCUGAGCUGAACCAACGAAUAGCCGAAUGGUUGCGAUGGGAUAAGAACGAAAAGACAUUGGAAGAGAUUCGCGUGCUGGCAAAGCGUGGCGAUUGGAAGGUGCUGGGAGACCGGUUGCUGCAACGGCUCACCUUCGGGACGGCAGGACUGCGUGGUGUGAUGCAGGCCGGUUUCAAUGCGAUGAACGAUCUGGUGGUGAUACAGUCGGCGCAAGGGUUGGCCAAGUAUUUGCUGCAGUGCUACCCGACCGCUGAGGAACGGUCGCGUGGCGUUGUGCUGGGAUACGACGGGCGGUACAACAGCAAAAGGUUCGCCGAACUAAGUGCAUGCGUUUUCCUCAACGAAAACAUUCCGGUCUGGCUGUACAGCCGUACGGUCGCAACACCGUUCGUCCCGUUCGCCGUGCUGGAGCUAAAAUGUUUGGCCGGCAUCAUGGUAACGGCGUCCCACAACCCGAAGGAAGACAACGGCUACAAGGUGUACUGGACGAACAGCGCACAGAUCAUACCACCGCACGACAAAAACAUUCAGACAUCCAUUAUGGAGAAUUUGGAACCACUUGAAACGUCCUGGAACCUGGAGCUGCUGCUGUCGGACAAACUUAACGAUCCGUACGACCAGAUGGUGGAGCUGUACUUCCGCAAACUUCAGGCGAACGUACCGCAACCGUUCAUCAGCGACUACAACACCGUCAGCCCGUUGCGCUUUGUCUACUCCGCCAUGCACGGUGUCGGCUAUCCGUUCGUGGUGAAAGCGUUCGAGUGUGCCCGGCUACCGGCCGUCAUUGCCGUGCCGGAACAGCGCGAUCCCGAUCCGGAGUUUCGCACGGUAAAGUUCCCGAACCCGGAGGAGGGCAAAUCUAGUCUGGUGCUGUCGAUGCAGCUUGCCAACGAAACCGGAUGCGACGUGAUACUGGCUAACGAUCCGGACGCCGACCGGUUGGCUUGUGCCGAAAAGGAUACAAAAGGUGAAUGGCGUGUUUUCAGUGGCAAUGAGCUCGGAGCAUUGUUGGGCUGGUGGGCUAUACGAUGCUACCGGGAGCAGUACCCGGACCGGAGCCUGUCCGACUGCUAUCUGAUAGCGAGCACGGUAAGCAGCAAGAUGUGCCGCUCGAUUGCGAACGUUGACGGGCUGAACUUUAUCGAAACGCUGACCGGUUUCAAGUGGAUGGGCAAUGAAUCGGUGGAAUUGCUUUCCCAAGGCAAAACGGUACUGUUCGCGUUCGAGGAAGCGAUCGGGUUCAUGUUUUCUCCGACCGUGCUCGACAAGGAUGGCGUCAGUGCGGCCUGUCAUCUGGCCACGAUGGCAUGCUAUCUGCGCGCAACCUCCAACCAAUCGUUGGCAGACAAGCUGAACGAGCUGUACGACAUAUACGGGUUCCACUGUACGUUCGCGUCGUACCAUUUCUGCUACGAACCGCCCGUUAUCGAGCGUAUCUUCAAGCGCAUCCGUAACCUGGGGCCUGCUGGGGAGUGUACGGAAGGUCAGAACUACCCACAAUCGAUUGGCGGUGGACGGUUUAAGAUAGCGGACGUGCGGGAUCUUACCACCGGGUACGAUUCCUCCCAACCGGACGGACGUGCCGUGCUGCCGACGAGCAAAAGUUCCCAGAUGAUAACGUUUUCGUUUGAAAAUGGUGCCGUCGUUACGUUGCGUACGAGUGGUACCGAGCCGAAAAUUAAGUAUUACGCCGAAAUGUGCGCCCAGCCAGGACAACGCGAUUGGAACGGUUCGAAGGCAACACUACGCGAGAUGGUGGAUUGUAUCGUGGAAGAAUUGCUGCAGCCGAAAGAAAAUAAUCUCACUGCAAGAUCCGACUAA